AUGGGAGAAGUGUUGGAUAAUGGCGAGCUAAUGCUGGCCGCAAGUUCAUUAAGGGUGAGCUUCUCAAUAGUUCCAGAAAAAGCAGAAAGAGCGGAAACUGAAGUGGCUGAAGAACCCAAAGAGUCAAAAAAAUCAAAAACAAAAAGCCAAAAAAACCACAAGAGCCGAAAAGCCAAUAAAGCCCAAAAAAUCAUAAAGGCCCAAAAAAGCCAUUAA